GCCCAAGGCCAGGGUGAGUCUCGUGUCCCGCCAGGCUUCUUUCCCGUCCUCUGUUCCCGAUUUAGGCUCGUGUUCUCGUUCCUAUUUGUGGCGAUCCGUCCGGCAUGCCUUCUGUUAUAUAGAUCUGCUCUCCCCGUCCGUGUUCGUCACGUAGAUCGAUUAUUUCCGGUUUAGGCUUGGAUUGUUUGUGGUAGCCUCGGCCUUUGGAGUUCAUUCAGAUCGGUGAUUCCUGCGUCGGCCAACAGUUUUGAGGUGGUAAUGGCGGACCAGGCUAACCAACCCACUGUCCUUCAUAAGCUAGGUGGCCAGUUCCACCUGAGCUCCAGCUUCUCUGAAGGUGUACGGGCCCGUAACAUCUGCCCUUCUUUCUCACCUUAUGAAAGGAGAUUUGCCACGAGGAACUACAUGACCCAGAGCCUUUGGGGCCCUUCAAUGUCUGUUAGCGGUGGCAUCAAUGUUCCAGUGAUGCCGACUCCGCUUUUUGCCAAUGCUCCAGCCGAGAAAGGUGGCAAAAACUUCAUGAUUGAUUUCAUGAUGGGCGGUGUUUCAGCUGCUGUUUCGAAGACUGCAGCUGCUCCCAUUGAACGAGUGAAGCUGCUUAUUCAGAAUCAGGAUGAGAUGAUCAAGUCUGGUAGGCUAUCAGAGCCGUACAAGGGUAUUGCUGAUUGCUUCAAACGUACCAUCAAGGAUGAGGGUUUCUCUUCCUUGUGGAGGGGUAACACUGCUAAUGUUAUUCGUUACUUCCCUACUCAGGCUUUGAACUUUGCGUUUAAGGACUACUUCAAGAGGCUGUUCAACUUCAAGAAGGACAGGGAUGGUUACUGGAAGUGGUUUGCUGGCAACCUGGCCUCUGGUGGUGCUGCUGGUGCUUCCUCUUUGUUUUUUGUGUACUCCCUGGAUUAUGCGAGGACAAGGUUGGCCAAUGAUGCCAAGGCUGCCAAGGGAGGAGGCGAUAGACAAUUCAAUGGUCUUGUGGAUGUCUACCGCAAGACACUCAAAUCUGAUGGUAUUGCUGGGCUUUACCGUGGAUUUAACAUAUCUUGUGUUGGAAUUAUUGUUUAUCGUGGCCUGUAUUUCGGACUUUACGAUUCUAUCAAGCCAGUUGUCCUCACUGGCAGCCUCCAGGACAACUUCUUUGCCAGUUUUGCUCUGGGUUGGCUGAUCACCAACGGUGCUGGUCUUGCAUCUUACCCCAUUGAUACUGUCCGCAGAAGGAUGAUGAUGACUUCUGGUGAGGCUGUCAAGUACAAGAGCUCAUUGGACGCAUUCCAGCAGAUCCUUAAGAAGGAAGGCCCCAAGUCCCUGUUCAAGGGUGCUGGUGCUAACAUUCUUCGUGCCAUUGCUGGCGCUGGUGUGCUUUCUGGCUACGACCAGCUCCAGAUCCUCUUCUUCGGAAAGAAGUACGGCUCCGGCGGUGCUUAAAUGGAGAAAAAUGAUGACGAACAAGAGCAGUUCGCUCCCGGUCCAGCCCAGUCAGGAUCUGGUCAAGUUUUUGCCUUUCAUAUCGAAGAAAUUAAUAAUUUAUGUAGGAGAAUUUUUCCAACAUUCGUUUUGGGCGGAGACAUUGAUCUCAAAACACUCGUAACUGUCCUACUAGGUGGUGGCAUGGGUCCCCAAAACAUGGUCAUAGGGUGUGUCUAGUCUGCCCUUCGUUGCAGCCGGGCAAUUUUCCUUACAUAUAUUGCCUUUAAUCAAGUAUCAGAUGAGUGUCAAGUCGCUGCGGUUAAUUGUUUGUUUUUCUUAUGCUUUGCUUGAUUGUGAUAGCAUUUUUAUUAUGACUGGGUUUCUUGAGAA